AUGUUGUGGAGGGCUUACAGUUAUCGUGUUGCGAGUGGGCUGGCGAGACGACCUGUGAGACAGCAGUUCCGUUUUUACUCGGCGAGUGAGGCUCUCGUUAAACCGGAGCGUAUCAUUAAUCAGCCACCAGGUUCACAGAUCCUGAUAUCAGAGGCCGCUUUUAAAAGGUUAGCCACUAUCUAUCGUGAAAGUCAUGAAGUUCUCAAGAUAUCUGUCGAAAGUGGUGGGUGUCAUGGGUUCCAAUACAAUAUGAAAUUGCUGCCGGACAGUGAAGUGGAAAAGCAAGUCGCAGAUCAAGGUAAGCAGGACUCAAAGGAGGAAAGGGAUGACGAGGACUUUGAUGAUGACUUUGUGGAUAACAAGGAAGUUGUUUUUGUAUUGCCAAAUAACGGAGGGAAAGUCGUUGUGGAUGAAAACUCUCUCAAGAUUUUAAAUCAGACUACAUUGACAUACAGUACAGAACUGAUCGGAUCAACCUUCAAGAUAGGAGGUGGUAAUUUAAAGAGCAGCUGCGGUUGCGGGAGUAGUUUUGAUGUGGAACCUGAUAAAUAG